AUGGGAACACAGGAAUAAUUUAAUUAUAUAGAAGCAUAAUUAUAGACUACUUUACUCAGAAGUCAAAAUUUAAAUAAGAAUUGCAAGAAUUCAAUACUUUCGUUAUGGGAAAUCUCUGAAACAUUUUAGUAUGGAAAUUGGUGUGGGAAAAAUUAUGGUGGUUUUAAUAAUGAUUGUAGAAAAUUUUGUGAAAUUGAUUUGUUUAAACCUAGUGAGGAAUGUGUGAAUUGCAAUUAACCAAUUGAUUGGGUAGAUGAACAGUGUAUGUAUCAUGACUUUUGUAUGACCAGAUUUGAAUCUAUGGGCAUUGGUUAUGGUAUGGCUUGCUCAGAUUCUAUUAAUCUAGGCAAUCCUUUUCCCUCACCUUGUAAUUGCGCUUAAAAUUUAACAGAGCAUUUGAAAUUAAAUUACCUAGUUGAAAAAUGUCAAUUUGAUGUAGAAUGUGAAAUGAAUGGAGAAAUUAUAUAAAAUUUUUUCAAUAGUGAAUUCCUAAAAUGUUCCUGUGCUUACGUAUAAUGUAAUAAUAAUACCAUUGACUCAAAUGGAGAUCCUAUCGUUAUAGAUGACCCAUUAGAGUGCUGGAAUGCAACGGCCUGUGUUACACCUGAAUAGUGUACAAGCUUAAAUGGAGGAUGA